AUGUCUCUCUGCCCGAGAUUGGCGCGGACUGUGGUUCGUACUCGCCCGGAUGUAUUGCACCCUUGCAUAUAUCACUCCUCGCGGGCGACUCCGUUCCCUACCCCUAUCCUACUACCACCAAGGCUAUUCCAUUCUUCGCCCAGCCCGCGGUCGAAGCCAACCAACCCAGACCCGCGAGAAAACCCAGCGACCGACUUGGCCCCUAAUGCCGACGUGAAUGUCGGCCAGAAGCGGUUCGCCGACUUCGACUUGAAGGGCAAAGUCUUCCUCGUGACGGGAGCCGCAAGGGGCUUAGGUCUGGCUCUUGCCGAGAGUCUCGUCGAGGCCGGAGGCAAAGUCUACUGUCUCGACCGGGAAGCGAAACCCGACGCGCACUGGGCGGAAGCCCGGAGGCGAGUGGUGCCCGAAUGGGGGGGCUCGCUGCACUACCGGCAGCAGGACGUGCUGGACACGGCGGAGCUGGACCGGGCGAUCGCGGAGAUCGCGGACGACAACGGGCGGCUGGACGGGGUGGUGGCGGCGGCGGGGAUCCAGCAGCUGACGCCGGCGGUGGAGUACUCGGCGGCGGACGCGGCCAAGAUGCUCGCCGUCAACUUCACGGGGGUGCUGAUGACGGCGACGGCCGCCGCGCGCCAGAUGAUGCGGUACCGGUGCCGCGGCAGCAUCUGCCUGGUGGCCAGCAUGAGCGGGCUCGUCGCGAACAAGGGCCUGCUGUCGUCCGUAUACAACUCGUCCAAGGCCGCGCUCAUCCAGCUCGCCCGCAGCCUGUCGAUGGAGUGGAGCCCCGUCCGGCCCGACGGCUCCGGCGGCAUCCGCGUCAACUGCCUCAGCCCCGGGCACGUCCUCACGCCGAUGGUGCUGAAGAACUUCGAGGAGGUGCCUUCCCUGAGGAACACGUGGGAGGGCGAGAGCAUGAUGGGCAGGCUGGCGGAGACGACCGAGUUCAAGGGCGCCGCGCUGUUCCUCCUGAGUAAUGCGAGCAGCUAUAUGACAGGUUCUAACCUCGUGAUAGAUGGCGGGCAUACUUCUUGGUAG